AUGUCAGACAAAUCCAAAUCGAAGAAAAAAUAUCACUGUGUCUCUGCUGAGGAUGGGUUUUACUGCGUCCCCACCAGGGACAUUCGCUCCGCUGAUCCUUCUAACAUUAAAGUGGGUGAUGCUGUGAUGUUCCAUUACGGCAGCCACGUUAAAAACGGAGAAGUGUUGUUCAUCUCAAGCAAGGAGAGUGAAACUCUCGAGGAGAUGAAGAGAAGGAGGAGGGAGAAUCGUACUGUGAAAGAGGAAAGCUUUCAUGCUGAGAAGCCACGCAAGUCUGCCUUGAAACAGCGUGCUAUGAUGAAAGAGCUGCAAUCAUCUGGAAAAGUAAGCGAAGUUGUUGUUAAACUUGAAGAACCGUCAGGUUCUAAACCUGCAUCGAAGAAGGCAAAGAAAGCGAUGAAAGAGCGUGCUCAGCUACUAGCAGAAAGCGAAAUGUUGCUUGGUUCUGAUCCACCUGUCAAACCAUUGGUAAAUGAAUCUGAUCAGUCAACUCUCUCUUCAAGCAUUACCUCUGAUUCAAGUUCGUCAAUUGAUCCAAAGUUAAAGGUUUCGAAAGCUGGGGAUACAUCUGAUGUGAAAUCAUUGAAAGCCCUUCAAGGGCCAGACUCAGACUCUGACAAAAGUUCUGUCAAAGCCGGCAACGACUUGCAUGAAGAAGGCCAUGAACAAUUUGGAAACGACACUCGAGGUGCUUUGAAUCAAAUUGGAGCUGUUGAUAUGAACCAAGAUGGGCCUUCACCUGCUUUGAAUGGAGGUGACAGUUUGACUGAAGACUUGAAGAUUGAGAGAACGCCUACUCUACCUAUCAAUCCUGAUGGUGAUGAAGUCUCUGCUAAUACUGCUCAGAGUAGUGAUAAAACUAUUCCUGAUUCUAGUGCUGUUCAAUUAGAAGCUCCAGAUGACAAAACUGUUGGAACUUCUCAUAAGAAACAUCGCAGCAGAAGCUGUUCAUCAACAUCUUCCAGUAGCUCCUCCUCAUCGGACAGUUCAAGCUCUAGCAGCAGUGAUGAUAGAAGAAAGAAAAGGAAGCAUAGAAAGAAGAAGUCUAAAAAAGCCAAGAAAUCACGGAGGAAGAAGCAGAAGAAAUCAAGUAAAUACGACUCAAGUGAGGAUGAAAGUUCUGAUGAGAAAAAGAAGUACAAGAAGAGGUCGAGAAGAUUGGACUCUAGUGAUAGUGAGGAAGUGAUCAAAGAAAAGAGGAAGAAGAAGAGAAAGCACAAGAAGUCAUCUAGUAGUGAUAGUAGUGAUGAUGAGAGCAAAAGGAGGAUGAAGAGUGUUAAGCAAGAUAAGAGGUUCAAGAAUUCAAAAAGGGAAUAUGUUGAGCCAAGUAAAUCUUAUCGUGUUAAAAGGAACUUGAAUCUUUUCCCUGGCCAAAUGUAUUUGCACUCAGCAGAAACUCCUGGGGCUGUCAAGGUUCAUGAUAAAUAUGAGGUUUAUAUUCCGGAAAGUACCCUCAACCAAAUCAUCAAAGAUGCCCGCUCUCUGCCUCUCCUUGUGAAGCACCUUGUGCAAAAUGUUUUCACAAAGGAAGCGCUGCAUGGCUCUACUGCGCAAGGUUAUCCGAACAGAGUGCUCGGAAGGCACUAUCUGAGACAAUCAGAAGUUUUGCCUAGACUUGAUCCCAAUGGGCGAGAAGCUAUCAUGCAACGCGCUCUGAGUGUGCAAGAGGACAAGAAAGCAUGGAGACCUCGAGCUAGAUUAAGUAAUGUUAGUCAACAUUUCUCCCAAGCAGUUGGUGACGAAAAGGCUCCAGAAUCCUCGGGAGAUGAUUCAAGUUCUGAUAGUUCUUAAAUGAUAAAGGCUGGUUCUUGCUCAAGUGUUGUGAUUCAUUGUGAUCAUUUUCUAAGUACAAGUGUUCCUUAUUUUAUGUUUAUUCUUCAAGUACUUAAAUAUUUAUUCCUCUCCAAAUGUGAUCAUUUUAUAAGUACAAGUGUUUCUUUUGUUUAUUCAAUAAGUACUUAAAUUUUUAGACUGACUAGUCUUUCAACUUUUAAAUUGUAAUGGUUAGUGUAACUUCUGUGAGUACAAGUUAAGUUUUAGUUUUAUUUUCAAUUUGACUUACUAGUCCUUCCAGCAAAUGCAGAGGCCUUAAUUUGAAUAUUUUGUGAUGGGAGAUCUUGCAUGCAUGCUUUGUAGUCAUGAUACAAAGUACUCGUCAGAUUUUAGACACUCCUAUUUUAUAUUGUGAUUUAUUGUGAUCAGUUGACUCUUUCGUGGGUACAAGUAAUUUUAAUUUAUGUUCGUAAAAGUACCUAGUCUUCUGAUAUUCAUAUUCUUAUAUAUCUUUGUAAAAUGAGAGCUCUUUUAUAAGUGAAGACUAUUUAAUUGGGUUUUACUCAAUGUCUUAAUAAGACUUUUAUAUGAAUAAAUAUGUUUGUUCCCUUA